GGCGGCGCGGCGGGCGGUGCUGGCCGCCGUGCGGGGCACGUGUGCCGCCGACCUGCCCCGCCUGCUGCACUGGAUGCGCAACACCAGUAUGAAGUUUUGACCUGAGAUGUGCCUUUUUGAUUAGAACCAGUUCAGUGCCCUCAAAGCAGAGAGAUGUCCGAACAAAAAGGAAUUUCAUCCAGUCCUCCUUCUGAGGAACACGUAAUAGAAAGGGAACAGAGUACAGGCGUACAGCAGAGCUCGUGUUGAAUGUCAGUUAGGAACAUCGUACUCUGGCAAGAGAGCUAACAUGAAACUGGGGUCAUAAGGGAUGAGAGAGUCCAGAAGAUCCAAAAGGGAGUGAGGAGAAUGAUCAGACUCCUAGAAAAAAUGCAGGAAAGGGCUGGAUAGGUGGAUCUUGUUUCUUCUGGAAAAGAAGGCUGAUGGGACACAUGAUAAGUCUUCAAAGAACUAAAAAGUUGCUCAAGUUGCUAUAUACAGGAGAGGAGCAAACGCCUCUAUUUCCAUCGCAAGUGGGACUGAGAGUACUGAGUUUAAAUUGUGGCAGAGGAAAUCUGGAUCAGUUAUUAAGAAAAGUAUUCCUUUUUAAUAAUGACUUUGAUGAGCUUGUGGUGAGUAACAAUGAUGUUGUGCUCAAAAAUAUCGCUGAAGAUUUGCGGAAUCGUUUACCCAUCGAGGCAAUGUUUAAUUCGGAACAUCAAGCUGUUCAAAAAAUACACCAGCAUCCACUGCCCAUGAUUCAUGUUGAUGCAUUCCUUUAUGAUGAUGAUUUUGUUGAUUCAUUGUGUGAGGAGGGGAAAAUGAGUAGGAGCUAUUGCACAGAGUGUGGCUCAUACAAGACUGCAUCUUUAGAGUUUAUUUCGCAUUCCUUUUCCCUCAUGGAACUGAAGUUUCUUUAUCAACAUGUACUGCCUGACCUGACAGGAAAGGUAGUGGUUGACGUUGGCUCCAGGCUUGGUGCAGUGCUAUUUGCGGGUUAUCUUUAUAGCUCAGCAUCCCAACUGUAUGGAGUAGAAAUGAAUGCAGACUUUUGCCAGUUGCAAGAAAUGAUGGUUACAAAAUACCAGUUCAUUGACAGAAUAAAGGUGGUUCACGCAGACAUCUGUACUGAGGCUUCACUUCUUCAGAAGGCUGAUGUUGUUGUAAUGAAUAAUGUCUUUGAAUAUUUUCUUGACAGACAGGAACAGGCCAGAGCUUGGGAAUUUAUUGCCUUUAAUGUAAGGAAAAGAGGGUCCUUAUUAGUGACAGUUCCAAGCCUCAAAGAAUCGCUCUCAAAGCUCCAGACAAAUAUUCAGCUCAGCCAAUGGGUUGAAGAGAUGCAGCUCAACUACGAUGUGUAUAUGGAAAAGGAUGUUGACAGAGAAGCACUUGAACAAAUACAUUUAUACAGGAUUCUCUAGUACCUGGAAAAAUUUACCAGUAUCCUUGUAAUAACAUAUAUUUUAGGUCUAAAAAGAAUUGGGAUUGAUUUGUGUGAAUAAAUCAGGUCAAAAUUCUUAUUGUGAUUAAUCUGUGUCCUAUCUGUGGUGUGUAAUGAAAAAGAGUCAUUUGAAACAGGUUUUCUUACGGAGGCAUUCUGUCUCAAGAGAGUAUAUUGACUUUUAGCUAGGGGAUAUCCUUAUGGUUUAAUUUUUGCAGAAAUGUUAGAAAGAGUGGCUACAUACUGAUGCUAAAAGAAUUUUUGUUCUCUAGCAUUAUGCACUGCUAAUGUUUGCUUAAUAUAUAAAACCUAAGAACAGCAAAUCAUUAUUAAUGUGAAUGAUAAGAGUGCAUUUAGCAUAAUGUUACCUACAAGCUGCGGUACAUUAGA